AUGCCGAAUCACUUACGCGAUCCAUCAAGGAACAAUCAACAUCCACCAAACACAGCCGCUGCAGAUGGUCAAUGUGGCAAUGGAGCUUGUAGGGGAGGUCAGCAUGGUGGUGGUCGUAGGAAGCUGAUCCUAUGUUUUGAUGGUACCGGCAACAAAUUCCGUGGAGAUGACAGUGACAGCAAUAUUCUCAAAAUUUUCCGCAUGCUCGACAGCAAUGCAGAUGACCAAUAUCAUUACUAUCAGCCCGGUAUCGGGACAUACGUUGUGUCAGAAAACCUGACGCACAACGGUGUUAGAGCCAAAUGCAGGUCCUGGUACCAGAUGGCUAAGGACUCUGCGGUUGGCUCCUCGUUCGAUCAGCACGUUGUGGGGGGAUACCGAUUCCUGAUGAGAUACUACUCGCCAGGAGACGAUAUCUACAUGUUCGGCUUUUCCCGAGGCGCCUAUGUUGCUAGAUUCCUAGCAGAGAUGUUGGACUUCGUCGGUCUUCUUGCCCAUGGUAAUGAGGAAAUGGUCGCUUUCGCUUGGAGCUCAUUCUCUCAAUGGCAAUGCAGAAGAACAAACUCGACACCGGAAGGUAAAGAAGACAGAGAGAAGAUGUAUCAGUUUCUCAAAGGCUUUAGGGAGACAUUCUCGCGACCGAUUCGACGAAUCCGCUUUUUGGGGCUCUUCGAUACCGUGAACAGUGUACCGCGCUUCGAGACAGCGUGGAUGCAGCGCAGCAAGUUCCCGUAUACAGCACGAUCCUCUGCAAAGGUCAUCAGACAUGCUGUCAGCAUUGAUGAGCGACGCGCCAAGUUUCGACAGGACCUCAUUUACCAAGAGCCCAAGAAGAGUCGGAAGAAAACCGUAGCCAAGCGAAUGAUGGAGCAUCACCCUUUCAACGAAAAAGUGCAGGAAUUUCAAGAAAAGUAUCGACCAGGUCGGCGAUCAACACUUGCACCCGAUGACGCCGUGGCGAAAGAAGACCGUGGUAGGCGCCGAGUCCAUCAACAAGAAGAAGAUGCAGACCAUCCCGCUCCUUUCCGCAGCCGCUCCAGAUCCAGAUCUCGAGCAACAGAUCGGACAGGCCACGCGUAUACGGAUCAUGACGCAUCGUCCAUCAACUCCAAGCCGCCCAUGGAGGACCUCACCUACGACUCGGACGACGACGAAGCCGACCAGGAUGUUGAUGAGGUGUGGUUCUCUGGAGGGCACGGCGACAUCGGAGGAGGAUGGGAUGCCGUUCCUGGCCGUAAGAACGCCAGCCAUAUACCUUUGGUGUGGAUGGUGAGAGAAGCUAUGCGAGCAGGAUUGACUCUUGACCUCGGCCAACUCGAGUACCUGGGCUGUGUCCAAUCAGUAGCCGGACCAAAUCCCCAGACUGCAAGAGAGUCGCCGACUCCCACGCCGUGUGAAGCGAUCGCAGUUCCGGAAAUUCAUGUCGACGCCCCUUCUCCCCCUAUCGGCUCUCGGCCCGCAUCGCCAACCGGUUCGGUGACAGAGAACGCAGGAGAUUCGGAAACGUCAACACACAACUGCACCGUCACACCGUUCAACGAGAUGAUCCAGACGGCACAUGAAGCCAAAAUCCACGAUUCUCUUGAUUUUGGAUGUGGCAUGCAUCGAGCCAGCGUCUUCAUGUGGCGAGUGAUGGAGUAUCUCCCAUUUAGGAGACUAGACCUCAGGCCAGACGGCAGUUGGAAACCAAUCAGAUGGCCAUUGCCGCGAGGGGAAGUCCGCGAUGUUCCCGACAAGGUAAGGAUUCACGGAAGCGUGAUACGGCGAAUGGAGCGUGAUGAGAAUUACAGACCUGGGAACUUGAUUGUCGGCGGAGGUGGCAGAGGCUGUCGAGUUGCGCCCAAGGAGUACGGAAUAGGGCAAUGGGUUUGUGUCAAAGGCAGCGGUGAUGUUAUUGACGAGGUUUGGGUGCGGAGGUCGGAAAUUGAGAAAACCUAG